AAGCGUCUCCAGAAAAAAACCCAAAACAUAUGUCUCCCUUCAAAAGAAAAAUCUGCUUUUUCACAGCUACAAAGGAUUGAAAACAAAUUUUGUCAUCAAACGUGGAGCUGUGCCAAAUCACAGGCAGCCAGAAGAAAGCUUUGGCACGAAAAGAGCUUUGAUGGUGAGAGGAACAAAGAUGAAGCAGCUUUGAGUGAGAGAAAGAGCAAUGAGAUUGUUCUAGCCCAAAGAGAGAGAAGCUCUGCUGUUCUGUCCCCUGCUCACUCACAGACCUGUUCGCCUGGGAGCCCUGCUGUGAUCUCUGGUGCAUCCAGAAUGUCCCCUCUGUCCCCCAGGGCAGCCUCAGGACGCUGCAGCCCUGCCAGGAAUUGGGCUGUGGGUGGCAAAGGCUCGGAUGGGACAUGGGUGCCUGCAAAGAGCCUGGACAGCCCAAGAAGGGGCAAUUUCAGGGAGCUGGGAGAUUCAAGAGCGUUCCCAGCACAGAAGGAAAAAUCUCCCUGCUGCCUGCAUGGCCCAGCUCUCUGCCCUGCAGGGAGCAGCUCCUUCUCUGUCCCACGUGGCAGCAGCACUCCCAUGCCCACGGCUCUCCUGCUUCCCACAUCCCACCUGACAGCAGCCAGCAAGGCCAGGGAUCAGAGGCUGGAAGAGCUGUGGGGAAAAUCACCCCAAAAUAAGUUAGAGCAACUCAAGAAGAGGAUCCAGGAGCAGAAGAGAAAGCAGCAAGCAGCACGCCGGGAGGAGGAGCGCCUGAUUUUUGCUAAAGACCCCCUGCCAAAGAGAGCCCUGAAAAGAAAGGUUUGCAGAGUGGCCUCUGCUCCUCCUGCUCCAGCUCACAGAGACCAAAGAGAGAGAAGCUCAGCGUGGAGAAUUCAAACAGAACACCAGAGGCAGCUUUCAUCCAAGUCCUGUGUUCUGGAGAGAGCAGUGGCAGGGAAAGGUGUGAAUCUCCCCGGUGUUUCUGCAUGGAGAGAAGGUCAGAAGUUGGCUAGAAGGCUGCUGGGUCCACCCCCUCCACUUCCACAUUUGAGGAGCAGAACUGGAGAGCAGAGCACAGCAAAGACCUUUGAACUUUUGGAAGGAGGUCGAGGAUUUGGGGCAAUGCCAGUGAUGGAAAGCAGCUCCAGAGUGAAGGACAGUGAACCUGUGGGGAGGAGCCCUGGAGCCCAAAGCGCUGGGGCUGCUGCCAGCAAGGCUGAAAGGGGCAGCAGUGCAGCCACAGAGGGCACAAACCAAGCACUCAGGAACCUUCUCUUGCAAAGGCAGUCCUGUGAGGAACACACACAUGUCAGGGCUUCCAGAGAGGCUGUGAAACACCAACCCCAGGGGAUCCAUUCGCCUUGCCCUGGACUUUCAUUAAUGAAAGUUGGAGCCAAGCCCAGCACCUCAGGAAGCUGCAGCAGAGGGAAAAGUGCAUUUCCUCAGAGAGAGAAAGGGCCUGAGAAAGAAAACCUUAAACAACCUUCAAAGAGGAGGGCAAACCUUAAAAAACCUCACCCCUACAGCCCUGAAAGUGUUCGGGAAUUUAUGUAUCGAAAAAAGGCAGAAAGAAAGAGAAAACUCCUCAAAGAGAAAAAGUCUGUGGCACAGGCUGCAGAGAUGAAGAAGAAGAGGUUGCAAGAAUUGUACAGGAAACAAAAAGAAGCUAUUGGGAAGAAACCAUGUCCUGAUGAGACGAACAAACCCCUUGGGAAAACGGGUUCUGCCAAAGGAAAUCCUCAGAGUGAAUUGGAGCAAGAGCAAACCAGUGGGGGAGUGCUGGAAAGGAGUUUCAUGGCCUGGGUGGAUGAAACAUCCUCUCCUCUAUCACCUGAAGAUCACAGAGGCAGGAAUCAACUCCUGGAAACAGCUCAAUCACCUGAAAAAGGAGAAGCAUCAGUUCCUCCAGCACCACUGGAACCUGAGCGCUGGUUUCUCAGUCCUCUGAAAUGUGAAGACUUGAGGGACUGCUCUCCCCCAGCUCUGCUUUCAGCUCCUCUGAGCUUUUCUGUUCCUCAGAAAGAUGCAAAACCUUCCUCCAAGGACUCAUCUUUUGGACUUUCUCCACAGAGAAGCAAACAGGGUCAACUGAGAGCCAUUCACAGUCUGUCCAGGGAGCUUGCAGAAAAGAUCGAGGUGGCAAGGAAGAGGCUGAGUGCAGCCAGCUGGGCUAAAGCCUCUGCUGACAAACCAUCAACAGAGACAGCUCUGGACCUGCACAGUGAUCCUCCUUCUGCCCCAGAACCUGAGACUUCCAGGGGCAGGCAAGAGAGGACAAUGACUGCCCAGAUGCCUCUGGACACCACAGAUCCUGAAGGGCUUCGUGUGACAUUCCACAGGGAAUGCCGUGGGCUGGGCAGGACUGGCAGCCCUGAGGGAGCAGCAGCCCCGGGCACACAGAGGGAAAUGCCAACUCCUCUGCCUGGUGGGAAUGCUGAGAGGGAGGGAUUGCCCUGGAUCUCUCACAGUGCAGGACAGAGUCACCUCAGCUCGGCAGGAGGCCUGAGCAACACCUUGCAAGGUUUCCCAGUGAAUAAGGGCUCCAAGGUGGACAUCAGUCUGUGGCAUGAAAAGCCAACAAGCAGCCCAGCCUCUCCAGCUCACAGAUUCCUCACUAGAAGCCCGCAGGGAGAACUCACGGCACGGAGGGAUCAGUGUGGAUGUGAGACUGCUUUGAAAGUUCAGAACCAAGAGGAAAUGGCCAACCCAUCUCCUGGAGAGAGCCUGAGGAUCUGGGACAGCCUGAGCUUCCAGCCCUCUGCCACUCUGAGCCCUGGCGGCUUUGAGCAGGACUUGGGUGAGGGAGAUUUUGGUGGCACAGAGCUGGAAGAGAAACACAGGAGACACCUGGACAUUUUGAGGCAAACCUCCUUAUUUCUGGCUCACAAACUGAAGCUCCAGCAGCAGCAGCAGAAACAUCGGCUUCUGGUGCUGAGGGAGAAGGCAAAGCAAGAGGUUGAGGAAAGCCACAGGUUUUUGCGGGGCCUGCUGCAGCUCAGUUCAGAGGACAGCAGGAAUUCCAAAGGCAGUGAUCCUCCUGUGACAAGACCUUGCCACGCAGAGCAGACACAGAGAGGACACUGGCUGGAAGGUGACCUUGCUGCUGGCAGCUACAGGAGUAAUCAAGAGAUGGGUUCACUGAGACACUCUGCAUUGAAGAUAGAAAGAGAUCCCAAUCCAGUGGAUCCCAAAAUAUUGGGAGAAAGAAAACUUUUAGGAGGAGGAGCUUCAUAUUGCCCAGUGCUUCAAGGAGCAGAUCACAGACAGUCACAGCACAGCCAUCACACCUCGAAUCUGCUGUCACCUUGGGUGAAUCUGCCCCAUGGGGAAACCUGGGACAUCUCUGGGGAAAGCAGUGACCAGGCCAGCUCCAACAGCCAGCGGAGCGCAGCCAUUCCACGCUUCGGAGGCUCCGGCGCCUUCUGUGGUUCCAGCCUGGCCGUGGUGGAGCAGUGCCUGAGGGCAGAGGAGCUGCGGGCUCGGCACCAGGCAGUGCUCCUGCAGCUCCGGAGGAAGGCUCUGCGGGAGAGGGCCAGGGCCGAGCUGGCCUGGCUGGGCCACCGCAGACGUGUUCUGGAAAACCUGCAGGAUGGUACUGGAGCCUCUGCCAUGGCAGCAAAGCAGCACAAGAUCCUGAUGGAGCUGAAAUGGGAGCAGGCAGAAAUCCAGCACCUGAAAAACAUCCACAGGGCAGCCCAUCAAGAAAGGAAGCUUUUAUUAAAGCAGCAGAGAGAGAUCUUAAUGAUGCAGCAUUCAACAGCACAAGUCCAGGAAAAGCUGCACAGUGUGGCUGGAAAGCAGGAGGUUAUGAAGUCAGGGAGUAAAGACAAUUGUGUCCAGCUAAAGCAUAAAAAGAGCAAGAAAUAUGAGGGCUUUUCUACUGAGAACAAGGAACCACUGGUACAACACCAGAAACAGGUGGAGGAGUUGCCAGCUUUGGAGCAGCCCCUUAAUGCUCAGGAUGAUGUUUUCUUACCUCUGGAAACUACAAAUUCAGCUGGAAUGGAACCUAUAGCCACACUCGUUACAAGAAAAGGCCAAAAGUGUGUAUUUCUGGAAUCUGUGCUGGAGGAAAAGGCACUUCUUUCAAACCCUGAUCCUCAAGAUAAUGAAGGUAUUAAUCCAUGUGGCAGAAAGAACCCAGUGAAAGCCUUGGGGAUGCUUCCUACUUGGUGUAACUUAUGCCUUGUUCAGGCAGAAAACACUCUUGAAGGAACAGUUAAAGAAGUGGAAGUGCCUGUCCCUUCUGAGAUCCAUCAGGUGGAUGCCAGUCACUGUUUGGAGCAUUUGGACCAUAUUUCUCAUGAAGCUUCUGAUGAACAAAAUUUAAAAGCAUUUUCUGAGGAACCGACUUCCACAAAAUCAUUGUCCAAGUCAAAUAACUCCUUUUUGCAAUGUGAAAGUGCCAAAUCAGACUCUUCUCACUCAGAAUUUCAGAAAGUGUCUGCAGUUUGGAUCAGCUUCUCAAAAAGUUCCAUUUCAGACCCAGAAUUAGAGCUGAAGCAUGGAGAGGACACAGAUGUCAGUGUCCCAGAAGAGUUUGUCUGUGACAGUGGUGUUGCGUUUGCUAAUACCUCAAAAGAGAUGCCAAUAGCAAUAAGCCAUGGAAAGGAAACAUCACCUAGUGACAAACACAAUGAAUGUGAGCUGCCUGAAGAUGACAGAGCUGAGACUUCAUCUCUCUCCCAGAAAUACCCUGGAGAUUCGUUGGAUCAUGGCUGCGAUGAUCACCUGCUUUCCUUCAUCCCAGCAGACGAAACAAUUAUCUCCAGAACCGAGUCAGCACAUUCCUCCCAGUCCGAAAACCCUUCUGAGGGGGUGGGGGAGCCACACCUGCAUGCCUCACAAAGCUGCAGCAGAAACGAGCCCUGUUCUCAGGAGAUCCCAGCACUGGGAAGUGAUGCAGCUGCCAGCCCUUCAUGCACUGGUGCAACCUGCAGUAGUGAUAAGGGUCUCCCUCCAACUGAUGAGGAUACCUCGUUGGAAAUGCUGUGUCCUGUGGGUGAAGUAUUGUCCUCUGGAAGUGCUGACUUGCCAUCCUCUAACAAAAAGGAUUUGUCAUUUCCAAGAGAAGAUCUUCCUCCUCCCCUUUUAGGUGCAGAUGCAAUGAAAAAUGAUGAUCCUGCCUCCAGCACGGAUGAUUUCACAUCUCCACCGGAAGAAAUGACAGGCUCGGAGUCUAGUCAGGGCACGGGUGAAGAUAUAUCACUGGAAAUGGAUGCAUUACCCCCAUUACCUGAUAAGACCAUGCCUGAAGAAUUUCCCCUGCUCACUACAGAGACAAGUGGUGCUUUUUCAACUCGGGAUGGUUGUCUCUCAGAACAAUCUAUUACAGCUCUUUCCAGCUGUUUGUCAGAAAACCUGCAUGGAGAACAGGAGAUGCCUUUGCAGCAUUUGGAGUUUCUGCCUGUGUCAAAUACAGAUUCUUCUGGUGGAAGUAAGAGUCCUGAACUCCCAAUGAAACAAUGCAAAGUGUGUGAAAAGCUGCCCAGUGCUGAGGAGGACAGGGAUGACCCAUUAUCAUCAUUUGAAAUUGGGGACAGAGUGUUGGUAAAGCAGAGCCAGCCUGGAACUCUGAUGUUCAAAGGCCAGACUCAUUUUGGCAGUGGCCACUGGGCUGGUGUUGCACUGGACAAAGCUGAAGGUGACAAUGCUGGAACUUAUGAAGGGGUGAAGUAUUUCGAGUGUGCUCAGCACUGUGGGGUCUUUGUCAGACCUGAUGAGAUUUCACACCUGUUUGGGGUUAACAAAAAUAAUUCCAGUUACAUGGGGAAUGAAGACUCUGACUCCUUCCAUGAUGAUGAUGACUCCCUCAAAGGAGACUGCAACUAUUCUGAAGAUGAUGAGCAGAGAGUGGGGUUUGCAGAGGAGAAAGCAGAAGACACAAGCAGUGCAGGAGGUUCAGAAGUGAAAGAAAACCAGUCUGGGUUACACAGUGCCUUGCUGUGUGGAAAAGGGCAAAAGUUUCCCCAUUCCAAGCAGUGUAACUGUAAUGAAUUCCUCUGUCAAAAGAACUUAACGUGCUUGGGAUCAGAUAAAGAAAAACCAGAAGUGGCACAAAUAAAACAAACUGUAUUUGCAGAUGCUCUUCCAAAGAAAAGCAAGACAGAUGAGGUAAACACAAGCAAAAAUAUUUGUUGCUUGGUAGAGGAUCAGAAAAGAAUUAAACUUGCUGAUGAUAUUGCAAGUGAACUCAGUAAAAAACUUCUGUUUGACAUUUUAAUUGCAUUUUCUGAAACAGCUCAACACAAAUAUAAAAGUGCCUUUGAAAAAGACAUGAUGAAUUAUGGCAAAGGCCUGAGGCAAGAAGACAAUCAGAAACCAUUUCCCCUCAAAGAAAAUUCAGUUGCUGCCUUAUCUGAGCCAUCAGCAACGGUUUCUGAUGUUUUACUGGGUGAUUUUGAUAUGCUUGGCAUUCAUGGUUGUCACACAGUAACAGACAGAAUUGUAACUAAAUUUAUAGAUGAUGCAGUUAAAGAAUAUAAGAAGAUUAAAAGAAAACACAGAUCAAAAGCAGACAAGAUACUUCAUUUAUCUCCAGAGACUUCUCCAACCACUUUGCCUCUCCUUUUAAAAAUCCUUGAUGCUGGUGUUUUUGGAAGCUCUGAAGAUUUUGAUCAGCCUAAUUCUGACCAAAACAUGCCGGUGAGACAGACACAAAAGCAACACUUGUACAGAUUAGACCAGUGGCACUCAGCUCCUUGGAAGAAAACCGUGGAAGUUCCUCUUGUGAUACCACACAACAGUUCUUAUGUUAAAAAUUUGUCUGCAUAUGCUGUGGAAGAAUUAUGGACCCCAGAGAACAUAAAAUCAAAUUUCAGGAACAUCAACAUGCCAAAGUACUUGGAAUAUAGUGAUCUCCCAGGGAAUGAUUUGGAAGCAGAAAGCAAGAGGAUGUAUAAUCAGGUUAUAUUUGAUUUGAGCCGUGAGUUGCUGUGUGCAGAAUAUCAAGUGACUGCGAAGCCAAAUAUGUUCCCAUGGAUGGAAAAAACUGUGGGAUCUUCCUGUUCCAGGCAUCCCUGCAGAAGGACAGAUGUCAGUGAUGUCAAGACGUUUGUUCAGGGUGAAAUUAUUAAAAUAAUGAACCUGGAAAAGAAUGACUUAGAAAUGAAAAGAAAAAUCCUAAAUAUGACCAAGUAUGGAAACUGUAAGAGAGACAGAGUGGACCUUAUUCUGAUCCAGGAGCUCCACAAGGAAGAAUCUCAGUGGACUUCCUAUGGUGCUGAUGAAUUAACAGUGAAGAUGAGGAUGACUGAAGCCAUAUUUGAUAUCUUGAUCCUUGAUACAAUCAGAGUUCUUAAUAAGAUUUAUCUGAAAAAAGCCUGUUUGAAGGGUGACUGUGCACCAUCUUUUUUCUUUUAAUACACUGUGGAACUGGUUCAAAGGAGCCUGGAGCUGGCACAGGGAAUGGCAGGACCUGGAGCCAGACAAUCAGGUUAAAUGGCUAUAAUUUUAUGCAAAUGAAGCAAAUACUGACGUGAUGCACUUUAAAUUGGAGAUUUUUCUACCAGCACCUUCAGUUCCUAACAAUCAGAUGUGUGCCUGUAAUUGGGUUAUUUAUCAUGCAAUUCACAGGAGCCCAUUGAAUUUUUACAACACCCAAAUGUGGAGUGCUGAGAAUGUACUUUAAUAGACAAAAGAGAGGAAAUCAAUACUCCUUUUGUAUUGGCAAAACUGGAAAAAAAAAUCAAGAUUUUGACAAGGAAAUAGAAACAUUUCCUCAGCAUGGUAAUUGUUCUCUAUGCUAAUUGCUGUGGUCCCAUCUAUUUUGUACUGAGAAAAUCAAAUUUUUGUUAGUUCUUUUUAAAAUAAAUACAGUGCAAAUAUUUCUUACUGGAAUUCAGAAACUGUUCAUUAUUGAAUAAUUGUUUGUAAAGAGAUCAGAUUUUUUUUCCAGUCCUAUUCAGAGUGUCCUUCAAAUAAAAUUUAAAUCAGGAUCAAUAAAGAGAAAUUAUCUAAAGACUUAACUUUUAACAAUACUUAAAAUCUGCGUGGGGGAAUAAAAAGACAUUUUUAUGUUUAUAUUUUUAAAUACUGUUGGCUUAAUUGUUUUUGUACUUGUUUUCUGAAUAAAAUAUUAUA